UCCCACGCGCCGCAUGCGACCGGCUAUUGCCGGUUGACCACAGGUCCCCAGCCGGCCCAAUCCGAUCGCUCUCGCGUUCCCCCAUUUUCAAAAACCCACCCGUAAAAAACCACCACCUUCUUCCGACUUCGAAGCUGCUAAAAGAAGAAGAAGAAGAAGAGAGGAAAAAGUUGUGACCCAGGUGCUCCAAGCUGAGAGAGGAGGAGAAAAGGCGAAGACCCUGCUUUGGCCCUAGUCAGCGAGGGAUCGACUCGGUUCCUUGGGGUCGGUUCGGCGAAUCGGGUAGAAGAUGUCUCGAGUCGAGCAUCUUUGGGAGCGGCUAGUGAGAGCUGCUCUGAGGAGGGAAAGGACGGGGACCGAUGCUUUUGGACAGCCCAUCACUGGAAUUGCUGGAUUCGUACCAUCUUCGCUUGCAAAUAACAGGGUCAUAGAUGAAAUUCUGAGAGCGGCGGAUGAGAUUCAAGAUGAAGACCCCAAUGUUGCUAGGAUAUUGUGUGAGCAUGCGUAUUCGAUUGCCCAGAAUCUGGAUCCUAACAGCGAAGGAAGAGGUGUUUUACAAUUCAAGACUGGUUUAAUGUCGGUAAUUAAGCAAAAGCUUGCAAAGAGGGAAGGUGGGACCAUUGAUAGAAGCCAAGACAUUGCUCGAUUGCAAGAGUUCUAUAAAUUCUACAGAGAGAAAAAUAAUGUUGUCAAGCUUCGAGAAGAAGAGAUGAAAUUGAGGGAAUCUGCUGCUCACACUGGAAAUCUUGGCGAGCUGGAGAGAAAGACACUGAAGAGGAAAAGAGUUUUUGCAACACUGAAGGUUUUGCGGUCAGUGCUGGAGCAGCUGAGUGCAGAAAUUCCAGAAGAGCUGAAACGUAUGAUGGAAUCUGAUGUUGCCAUGACAGAGGAUCUUGUUGCUUAUAAUAUUAUACCUUUGGAAGCUCCAAGCACAACAAAUGUGAUAGCGUCUCUCCCUGAGGUUCGGGCAGCAGUUUCAGCUCUAAGUUACUUUAGAGGCCUGCCAGAAUUGCCUGCAGAUUAUCCUAUUCCUGCUACAAGACAUGCGGAUAUAUUCGAUUUUCUUCAUUAUGUUUUUGGAUUUCAGAAAGAUAAUGUUUCCAAUCAGCGGGAACACGUGGCUCAUCUUCUUGCAAAUGAACAGUCUCAACUUUCCAUACUUGAGGAAACUGAACCAAAAUUACAUGAAGCUGCUGUCGAUAAUGUAUAUAAGAAGUCGCUAGAUAAUUAUAUUAAGUGGUGCAACUACUUGUGCCUUCAGCCAGUAUGGAGCAGUUCUGAUGCUGUUAGCAAGGAGAAGAAGCUACUGUUUGUUUCACUGUACUUCUUAAUAUGGGGUGAAGCUGCCAAUAUUCGAUUCUUGCCAGAGUGCCUAUGUUACAUAUUCCAUCAUAUGGCAAGGGAAAUGGAUGAGAUAUUAAAGCAAAGGAUUGCACAGCAAGCUAAUAGUUGUUCCUCUGAUAGUGGUGUUUCAUCGUUUCUUGAUCAAGUGAUUGCUCCAUUAUAUGAAGUGGUUGCAGCGGAGGCUGCAAAUAAUGACAAUGGCAGGGCUCCGCAUUCUUCCUGGAGAAACUAUGAUGAUUUUAACGAAUACUUCUGGUCGCUUCGUUGCUUUGAACUGAGCUGGCCAUGGCGAAAAAAUUCCUCCUUCUUUCAAAAGCCCAAACGAAGGACUAAGAUUCUUCUUCAAACUAGUGGUAAUAAGCGCCAGGGGAAAACAUCAUUUGUGGAGCACCGCACUUUCCUUCAUCUGUACCAUAGCUUCCAUCGACUCUGGAUCUUUCUUGUUAUGAUGUUUCAGGGACUCACGAUAAUUGCCUUCAAUGAUGGGCGUUUUAACUCCAAUACUCUUCUGGAGCUUCUGAGUCUAGGCCCAACAUUCGUGGUGAUGAAAUUUAUUGAAAGUGUCCUGGAUAUUGUGAUGAUGUAUGGUGCAUAUUCAACAACGAGGCGUCUUGCAGUCUCUCGAAUUUUUCUCCGCUUCCUUUGGUUUACUGUUGCUUCAGUUUUUAUAUCUUUCCUUUAUGUGAAGGCUCUCCAGGCGCAGAAUCGAGCGGAUUCGUUUGUAUAUAGGUUGUAUGUGAUCGUUAUUGUCAUCUAUGCUGGUUUCCAGUUUUUCCUUAGUAUGUUAAUGCGGAUACCAGCCUGCCAUCAUUUGACAAAUCAAUGUGAUCGCUGGCCUUUGAUUCGCUUCCUGAACUGGCUGCGUCAGGAAAGGUAUUAUGUGGGACGUGGCAUGUAUGAGAGGACUAGUGAUUUUUUCAAGUACAUGAUCUUUUGGCUGGUCAUAUUUAGUGCAAAGUUUUCUUUUGCAUAUUUUCUUCAGAUCCAGCCUUUAGUGAAGCCAACAAGAGAUGUAGUUAAAGAGGAUAAUCUGCAAUAUUCAUGGCAUGAUUUUGUAUCAAAAAAUAACCGCAAUGCUUUGACAGUUGCCAGCUUAUGGGCUCCUGUGGUUGCUAUAUAUCUUUUGGAUAUUUAUGUGUUUUACACCAUCAUAUCUGCUGUGUGGGGAUUUUUACUUGGGGCACGAGAUCAUCUUGGGGAGAUCAGAUCAUUGGAAGCUGUCCACAGACUUUUCGAGCAAUUUCCCAGUGCAUUUGUGAAACACCUUCAUGCUCCACUUGCCAACAGGACUUUGAAUCGCCUCUCCAACCAGGUUGUGGAGAAGAAUAAAGUGGAUGCUGCGCAAUUUGCCCCCUUCUGGAAUGAAAUUAUUAAGAACCUCAGAGAAGAAGACUAUAUCACCAACCUAGAAAUGGAGUUGCUUUUGAUGCCUAAGAAUUCUUGGAAACUGCCCUUGGUGCAAUGGCCCCUCUUUCUUCUUGCGAGCAAGAUAUUUAUAGCAAAGGACAUUGCUGUUGAGAGUAGAGAGUCGUCGCAAGAUGAGCUAUGGGAAAGGAUCUGUAGAGAUGAUUACAUGAAAUAUGCUGUGGAGGAGUGCUUUUAUUCCAUCAAGUAUAUUUUGACAGAAAUACUUGAUGGAGAAGGAAGGAUGUGGGUUGAGAGAGUAUACGAGGACAUUGAGGCAAGUAUGAAAAGAAGGAGCAUUCUAGGGGAUUUUCAAAUGAAUAAGCUGUCGUUAGUGAUUUCGAGAGUAACGGCACUCAUGGGAAUACUGAAAGAGUCAGAGACAGCGGAUUUGGAGAAAGGAGCGAUAAAAGCUGUUCAAGAUCUCUAUGAUGUUGUGCGAAUUGAUGUACUUUCAGUAAAUAUGAGGGAACACUAUGACACGUGGAAUAUUUUGGCCAAAGCACGGACUGAAGGCCAUUUAUUUUCAAAUUUAAAGUGGCCCAGGGAUGCAGAUCUGAAAGGACUAGUCAAGAGGUUAUAUUCAUUGAUAACAAUAAAAGAUUCUGCUUCCAAUGUCCCAAGGAAUCUCGAGGCAAGACGUAGGCUGCAGUUCUUCACUAACUCUCUAUUUAUGGACAUGCCUCCAGCCAAGCCCGUCCGAGAGAUGAUGCCCUUCAGUGUUUUCACUCCAUACUACUCUGAGGUUGUACUGUAUAGCUUGUCUGAACUCCAGAAGAAAAAUGAGGAUGGAAUAUCCAUUUUAUUUUACCUCCAGAAGAUAUUUCCAGAUGAGUGGAAAAAUUUCCUUGCUCGAAUUGGACGCGACGAAAAUGCGCUGGAGUCGGAAUUUCUUGAUAGUCCCAACGAUAUCUUAGAACUCCGUUUUUGGGCCUCUUAUCGCGGACAAACAUUGGCAAGAACAGUUCGUGGGAUGAUGUAUUACAGAAAAGCACUUAUGCUUCAGAGCUACCUGGAAAGACUUGGUUCGGCAGGUUGGCUUCGAGGCCUUUCAAAUAGAUGUGAUAGGAAGGCUUUCACUGUCUUACUUAUGCAUGAUUUGGAUAUUUCAGAUGUUGAAGCUGCAGUUUCAAGCAGCGAUGUAACUGAUACUCGAGGGUUCGAAUUUUCCCCUGAAGCGAGGGCACAGGCUGAUCUGAAGUUCACAUAUGUAGUGACAUGUCAGAUUUAUGGAAAGCAGAAGGAGGAGCAGAAACCUGAGGCUGCUGACAUUGCAAUGUUAAUGCAAAAAAAUGAAGCGCUACGCGUUGCUUUUAUCGAUGAGGUUGAGACUUUGAAGGAUGGAAAAGUCCACAAAGAAUUCUACUCGAAGCUUGUAAAGGCUGAUGUUAAUGGAAAAGAUAUGGAAAUUUACUCCAUUAAAUUGCCUGGAAAUCCAAAACUUGGUGAGGGAAAACCUGAGAACCAGAACCAUGCCAUCAUAUUUACUCGUGGAAAUGCUGUUCAGACCAUUGACAUGAAUCAGGAUAAUUAUUUCGAAGAGGCUCUGAAAAUGAGAAAUCUUCUCGAAGAAUUCCGUCGUGAUCAUGGUAUCCAUCCUCCUACAAUUUUGGGUGUUAGAGAAAACGUUUUUACAGGAAGUGUGUCUUCUUUAGCCUCAUUCAUGUCUAAUCAAGAAUCCAGCUUUGUAACACUUGGACAACGCGUUCUUGCAAAUCCUCUGAAGGUUCGUAUGCAUUAUGGUCAUCCUGAUGUAUUUGAUAGAGUUUUUCAUAUAACUCGGGGGGGAAUAAGCAAGGCUUCUCGUGUCAUCAACAUCAGUGAAGAUAUCUAUUCAGGGUUUAACUCAACGCUACGCCAAGGAAAUGUUACUCAUCAUGAGUAUAUUCAAGUUGGGAAAGGUCGAGAUGUUGGGCUCAAUCAGAUUGCUUUAUUUGAAGGGAAGGUUGCUGGGGGCAAUGGUGAACAAGUUUUAAGUCGUGAUGUAUACAGACUCGGACAGCUCUUUGACUUCUUUAGAAUGAUGUCUUUCUACUUUACCACAGUUGGAUUUUACUUCUGCACUAUGCUAACAGUGUUGACAGUCUAUAUUUUUCUUUACGGGAAGGCUUAUCUGGCACUUUCAGGAGUUGGUGAGCAAUUCGCAGUGAGAGCAAAAAUAACAGAUAACACUGCUCUGAGUACUGCUCUAAAUACACAGUUUCUCCUCCAAAUUGGCGUCUUUACUGCUAUACCCAUGAUUUUGGGUUUCAUUUUGGAGCAGGGUUUUCUGAGGGCCCUUGUCAGUUUUAUAACUAUGCAGUUUCAGCUUUGUUCUGUCUUCUUCACAUUCUCAUUGGGUACAAAAACACAUUAUUUUGGCCGGACCAUUCUUCAUGGGGGUGCAAGGUAUCAAGCCACUGGUAGAGGAUUUGUGGUCCGACAUAUCAAAUUUUCUGAGAAUUAUAGACUUUACUCUCGCAGUCACUUUGUUAAAGGAUUGGAAGUUGUGCUGUUGUUAGUGGUUUAUCUAGCAUAUGGCUAUAAUGAAGGUCUUUCCUACAUUCUUCUCACGAUCAGCAGCUGGUUUAUGGCUAUCUCUUGGCUCUUUGCUCCAUAUCUUUUUAAUCCAUCUGGAUUUGAGUGGCAGAAGACAGUGGAAGACUUCCGGGAUUGGACGAAUUGGCUUCUUUAUAGAGGCGGAAUUGGAGUUAAGGGAGCAGAGAGUUGGGAGGCUUGGUGGGAAGAGGAACUGGCACAUAUUCGGACAUUCAGUGGAAGAAUAAUGGAGACGCUAUUGAGUCUGAGAUUUUUCAUUUUCCAGUAUGGCAUUGUUUACAAGUUAGACAUCCAAGGAAAUGAUACAUCGUUGACAGUGUAUGGCCUGUCAUGGGUGGUGUUGGCUGUGCUUAUACUUCUGUUCAAGGUUUUCACUUUCAGCCAGAAAGUAUCUGUCAAUUUUCAGCUUUUGUUGCGCUUCAUCCAGGGAGUCUCUUUCUUGAUAGCACUGGCUGGUUUAGCAGUUGCUGUUGCAUUGACAAACCUAUCAGUUCCUGAUAUAUUUGCUUGCAUAUUGGCCUUUGUGCCCACAGGAUGGGGAAUUAUCUCUAUAGCGGUUGCUUGGAAGCCUUUGAUGAAGAAGCUGGGACUUUGGAAAUCCAUCCGUUCGCUUGCCCGUCUCUAUGACGCUGGAAUGGGGAUGGUCAUUUUCAUACCCAUCGCGCUGUUUUCCUGGUUUCCAUUUGUGUCGACCUUCCAAACUCGCCUUAUGUUCAACCAAGCUUUCAGCCGCGGGCUUGAAAUUUCUCUCAUCCUUGCUGGCAACAACCCAAAUACUGGGGUAUGAAGGGUGUUUGAUGCCUCGCAAGGGCUUCUUUUUGUCGUGUAUCAGAUUCCUGAUUUUGUCACAAGCGAUAGCUUAGUUUCAGGAUAACCUACUACUUUGGAACCCUCUGUAAAUACGCUGCCAAUUGCACAUUAGAGCAAGUACAGUAGUGAUAUAUCGAUUUUUUUUU